AUGGCUUAUGUGCAAGGAGGACGAUGCCCCAAAUCCUGUGGGAAUUACACAAGUAAUGGUUUCCUUAAAAUGGCUUGCAAUGGGGGCUUGAAUCAGAUGCGUGUUGCGAUUUGUUACAUGGUCAUAGUUGCUCGGCUUUUAAAUCUUACUUUGGUUGUUCCAGACCUGGAUAAGAGAUCCUUCUGGGCUGAUCCUAGCAACUUUGAGGACAUUUUUGAUGCGAGACACUUCAUUGAUUCACUAAGAGAUGAAGUUCGAAUUGUCAAAAGGUUGCCAUAG